GACUAGUGCACUAAACGGACAGAAGGCGGCUAGAAUCAGUUGGAAUCGAAAAGAAAAAACGGGACGGAAAAUUUUAUAAUUAAUUGAAAAACAACACCAGUAGUAAACACGUGUGGUUCAGACUGCUGGAAUUAGUAUAACAACAAUAAAGAAUUAAUUAAAUAAUACCUACUAAAGAAAAGCGGAAUAAAUAUUUGCAUGCAAAGCAAAUAAAUUAAUAAAACACUCAACAAAUUAAAUAAUCUACAACAUGUUGGAUAAAAUUACCGAACAAAGAAAAGCGCUGGCGCUGAAAUUAUUCGAAAUCAAUGCCUUCAAAUUCGGUGAUUUCAAAAUGAAAGUGGGCAUCAAUUCUCCCGUCUAUUUUGAUUUGCGUGUUAUUGUCAGUUAUCCUGAAGUCAUGCAAACUGUUUCCAAUUUGAUUAUGGAGCGCAUUAAGGAAGAAAAUUUAAGUGCCAAACAUGUUUGUGGUGUCCCCUACACCGCUUUACCUUUGGCCACUCUAGUCUCGGUGCAACAGAACAUACCCAUGUUGGUGAGACGUAAAGAGGCCAAAGACUAUGGCACCAAGAAACUGAUUGAAGGUAUCUAUAGUGCCGGUGACACGUGUCUCAUUGUUGAGGAUGUCAUCACUUCCGGUUCUAGUGUUUUGGAUACCGUUAAAGACUUGACCAGAGAAGGUAUUACUGUCACCGAUGCCGUCAUUGUUGUCGAUCGUGAACAGGGUGGUGCUGCAAAUAUUGCCAAAUAUUCCGUACGCGUGCAUUCUUUAUUUACUUUGUCUUUCCUUCUCAAUACCCUUUUGGAAGCGGGUAAAAUUGAUCGUGAUACUGUAGAGGCUGUGGCUAAAUAUGUUUCCUCUGUGCAAAUCGAUGGUGAUGGCAAAUUUUUAAAUAACAAAACAGAAGUUGUCAAUGACUUUGUACGCACAAAAGUCUCUUUCGAAAGUCGUGCUAAUUUGGCUAAAUGUGAAUUGGCCAAACAAUUGUUCAAUUUGAUGGUGAGCAAAAAAACCAAUCUGUGUUUGGCUGCUGAUCUUACCAGAUGUCAAGAUGUUUUGGAAGCUGCCGAUAAAUGUGGACCUUAUAUCUGUGUUUUAAAGACUCAUGUCGAUAUUUUGGAAGAUUUCAAUGAACAAUUUGUUAAUGAUUUACAAGCCUUGGCUAAGAGACACAAUUUCUUGUUAAUGGAAGAUCGUAAAUUUGCUGAUAUUGGCAAUACAGUGUCUUUGCAAUAUGGCAAGGGUUUAUAUAAAAUCUCCAACUGGGCUGAUUUGGUUACCGCCCACACUUUAUCCGGUCGCAGUAUUUUACAAGGCUUAAAGGCUGCCUUAAAAGAAGACUCCUCUAAGCCUAGAGGUGUUUUCCUUUUGGGUGAAAUGUCUGCUACUGGUAAUUUGAUUGAUGAUAAAUACAAAGAGGCCUCCGCUAAAAUUGCUACAGAAGGUGCUGAUGUUGAUUUUGUGGCCGGUAUGGUGUGUCAAUCCACCACCUGUUUUGCCUUCCCCGGUUUAGUGCAAUUGACACCUGGUGUCAAGAUCGAUGAGUCUGGUGAUCAAUUGGGUCAACAAUACAAUACCCCCGAACAUGUGAUUAAAGAGAAAGGUGCUGAUGUAGCUGUUGUGGGACGUGGCAUUUUGGAAGCUAAAUGUAUGGAAAAGGCAGCUGCUUUAUAUCGUGAUCGUUUGUGGGCUGCCUACACUGAUCGUUUAGCUAAAUAAUACUUUUUUAAGUUGUUUAAUUUCUACUUUAAUUCUGUUUGACUUAUUAUUUAAAUAUUUCUUUAAAAGAAAAAUAUUUACAAAAUAAUUUGUACCUUAAUGCACAAAAUAUACAUAUUAACACAAUUUAAAUUGUAUUUUUCCCCCACGUUUACUUACUUAAACUUCCAGUUUAUUUUAAUAUUAAUUACAAAUAUAACUAAAUCAAUAUAACUUUGUUAAACAAUAUUCUUCAUUCUUUAGCUUUUAAAUGACGCAUUUAUUCUGCAUGUGUUAAGUUUAUUUUUUUUACAUUUACUUUUUGUUUUGUUUUUUCCGUCAAAUACAUUAAUUAUGUAGAUUUUUAAGUAACAAUUUUUUUUAUAUACAA